UGUAAUAUGAAUGAGAUAGAAAAAGUGGCAACAAAUUUCUAUGAACUAAGCGCCUUUCCUAAAGUUAUUGGGGCUAUUGAUUGUACACAUAUACCCAUCAAAUCUCCAGGUGGCAUAGACGCAGAAAACUAUAGAAAUAGAAAAUUGAUAUUUUCAAUAAAUGUGCAAGUUAUUUGCGAUGCAGAAAUGUAUAUAAACAACAUAGUAGCACGUUGGCCUGGCAGUAGUCAUGAUAGCCAUAUAUUUAACUGCAGUGUUAUAAAAAGUAGACUGGAGGCUGGUGAAUUUGAAGGAUACUGGUUACUUGGUGAUAAGGGCUAUGCAAUAAAACCAUAUUUGAUGACUCCUCUACGUAACCCAAUAUCUGAAGGAGAAAAACUGUAUAAUGAAAGCCAAAUUAGAACAAGAAAUGUUAUUGAAAGGCUGUUUGGAUGUUGGAAAAAGCGUUUUCCAGUUCUAUCAUCGAAAAUUCGCACUGAUUUAAAGAAAGCACAACCUAUUAUAGUGGCUACUGCAGUACUCCAUAAUAUGUGCAAGAAAAUGAAAGAACCUACACCAUCAUUUAUGGAUUAUGAGACUCCGUUAUCUUCUGAUGAAGAGGAAUUUGAAUAUAGAGGUUCGAUUAACAGAUCUGAUGACCAUAAUAGAACUUCUUUGAUAAAUAAUUACUUUAAUCAAAUGUGUUAGUUACUCACCACCUAAUAUGUUGGGGUUGUUGAGGUAAUAAGGAUAAAAAUAAGGAUUUAUUUUAAAUAAAAAUUUUAUUAAUUAA